CCUAGGCUGCGCCUCCCACAUCACGCCCUGCUGGUCUUCCAUCCCUUCUUCAUUCUUAACCAGCUUCAGCCUGGCGGAGGAGCUGAGUUCUCCAUUCCUCUUCGCUGAGCUAACGUGUCGGCGGGAGGCUCCCGUAGCUUCUUUUUCCUUCUUCCACACUCCACCCAGAAAUUGUCUAGCGAGGAGUGCUUCCCCCCCUCUCCCUUCCUUUUCUUUCUUUCCCCUCCCUCCGCUUUCCGCUAGUCGCUGAAGACUGUGGGAAAUACCCUCAUUGCUCAGUUCGCUUGAAUGGAGAGCGGGGAAGAUUGUUUUUCUGGCCAGGGUCGCUGAAAUGGGGAGAGGGGGGUAACCGCACAGCAUUUCUGGAAGGGUUGCGGGGUGGGCAAAUAAGAUUCGCUGAUGAUUCCCGGCCAUGGGCAAGGACCAGGAACUGCUGGAAGCGGCUCGCACUGGGAAUGUGGCUUUGGUGGAGAAACUCUUGGCUGGCAGAAAAGGAGGGCUCCUGGGCAGUGGAUCUGGACCUAUUCCUUUAUCCAACUUGCUGAGCAUCUGGCGAGGACCAAAUAUAAAUUGCACAGAUAGUUCAGGAUAUACUGCUUUACAUCAUGCAGCUUUGAAUGGUCACAAGGAUGUAGUUAUCAAAUUACUUCAAUAUGAAGCAUCCACUAAUGUAGCAGAUAAUAAAGGGUAUUUUCCUAUACACUUGGCUGCUUGGAAAGGAGAUGUAGAGAUUGUGAAGAUUCUUAUCCAUCAUGGGCCAUCACAUUCCAGAGUGAAUGAACAGAACAAUGAAAAUGAAACAGCUCUGCACUGUGCUGCCCAGUAUGGACACUCAGAAGUGGUUGCUCUUUUGCUUGAAGAACUUACAGAUCCCACAAUAAGAAACAACAAAUUAGAAACUCCAUUGGAUUUGGCAGCUUUAUAUGGCCGACUGCGGGUGGUGAAGAUGAUAAUCAAUGCAUAUCCAAAUCUGAUGAGCUGUAACACAAGAAAGCAUACUCCUUUACAUCUUGCUGCUCGUAAUGGUCAUAAAGCUGUGGUACAAGAGCUGCUAGAAGCUGGAAUGGAUGUCAGCUGCCAAACAGAAAAGGGGAGUGCAUUACAUGAAGCAGCUUUAUUUGGAAAAGUAGAUGUUGUACGCCUUCUUUUAGAAACAGGAAUUGAUGCCAAUAUAAAGGACAAUUUAGGCAGAACAGUUUUAGAUAUUCUGAAAGAACAUCCAUCGCAACAGUCACUCCAAAUUGCUGCAUUGCUUCAAGAUUACAUAGAAAAAGGAAAUUCAGAAGUUCCAGAGGAAUCCAUAGAGGAAUAUUUAGUAUCAGAUCACCAUUCCAGUGUUUUAUCCCCAGAAGAUUCUCCUAUACAAACAAGUAAAAGUGAAGCUGUGACUGGUGAAUUAUCAAAACUAUUAGAUGAAAUCAAGCUGUGCCAAGAAAAAGAUUAUUUAGAAGAUAUGAGCCAUACUAUAUCAGAUGAUUAUCUGGAUGAUGCUAACAAAGUAUCAGAAGAAGAAACAGUAGCAAAUGGAAACCGAGACAAGUCUAAUAUAAGAUCAUCUUCCACAAAUCUGGAACAAACAGAAGAGGAAGAAGAGGGUGGAACUGAAAAUAGUUGUGGACCUACAGGUUUGUGGGAAGCACUGACACCUUGCAACGGAUGUAGAAAUCUUGGGUUCUCCAGUCUUACUCAGGAAACCUUUCCAAAGAAGAGGAGUGCUACACUGGAAGCAGUGCCAUCUGUUUCUUCAGAAACAUUUCCUCUAGAAAAUGAGAAUGGUCUCUGUGAUUUUCUUGAUACAACAGUUACGAAGAAACCUUGUUCUUUAGAAAUAACAAGAGGAGUUUCAUCAAAAAUAGAUAAUGCACCGCAAGUAGCAAUUACUGCACCAGGUACUGGUAACCAUAGAAACAGUUCAACAGGCCCAACACCUGACUGCUCUCCUCCAUCACCAGAUACUGCACUGAAAAAUAUAGUAAAAGUUAUACGACCUCAGGCCAAGCAACGUACAUCAAUAGUAUCAGCUUUUGAAUUUAAUCGAUUAAAUCAGAGUCACGACUAUUUUGAAAUCAACUCCUGUGUAAGAUACGCGAGCUUUAAUUCCAGCUCUCCAGUUAGUCCAGCCAACUGCUCCACUGCGUCUGUUGAGGACAGCAUUGAAGAAAAUAAUAUACCAGGAACCCAGCAAACAUCCAUUGACAGUGAUCAUCUAGAAGCACACCCUUUUGAGCAGUUCGCUGGCCUUCUUCAUGGAUCAUCACCUGCUUGUGACCCACCAGAAAAUCCGUUUCAGCUCUACAGAAAAAUUUGUCCAAAGGAAGACUUGAAUCAGAAAAUUAGUUUGAACCUCACUAUUUUGAAUCCACAACAUUCUCUGCAAGAAAAUAGCGCUGUUCUUCUGAUUAAAAAGAAAAAACCACCAAUUUUAAAUAGAACUAUAUUCCCUUCUAAAAACAUUCUAGGAGAAGCUAACACCUUGGCUGGUAUCACAAGAACUGGAGAUCAGUGGGUAGUUAAUGCUGCAGGAAUUGUAGAACGUGCUUGCACACUUGGACGAAUACGAUCUUUGCCAAAGACACUUCUUGACAUUCAUUUAUCCAAAUACAUUUCUAAAUCAGAUUCAAAUCUUGUUUCUUACCCAUCUAAUGAUCACAAAGCAAGACAGAAUUGGAAUGAAUCUUCAGCUAUCCAAGAAACCUCUAGAAGAAAUUCUGAAAGAACACCAUCAUUUACUUCAGAAUGGGAAGAAAUUGACAAAAUAAUGAGUUCCAUUGAUGCUGGUAUAACUACUGGACUUGAAGAGAUUACUGAUGGUACUGCAACACCCAGAUGCCCUGUCCAGACUGUGGGACAAUGGUUGGAAAAUAUUGGGCUACCUCAGUAUGAAAACCACUUGCUGGCCAAUGGAUUUGACAAUGUACAGUUUAUGGGAAGCAAUGUUAUGGAGGAUCAGGAUCUCUUGGAAAUUGGAAUACUUAAUUCUGGACACAGGCAAAGGAUUCUACAGGCAAUUCAGCUUCUUCCAAAGAUGAAACAGACAGGCAGUGAUGGCUACAACCCCACCUCUGUAGCAGAAUGGCUAGAUUCUCUGGAACUGGGAGAUUAUAUCAAGCCCUUUUUGAUAAAUGGCUAUACAUCAAUGGACCUUGCAAAGAAAAUAUGGGAUAUUGAAUUAAUUAACGUAAGUUGA